AUGGAGCAAUCCAGGGAAAUAUUGUCUACUGCUCCUCUUGGUUUAUUUUAUCAUGGGUUGUCUUUGGAAGAAGAAAACUUAACUAAUGUAUUGUGUGAAGUCAUCAACAAAUUACUCGGACCAUUUAGUUAUACUGAUAUCGUAUCACCAGAAAACAAGCCCUUAUUGACGGAGGGAUUGACACAUUACAAUACACAAAUUCGACUUUUAUCAGUACAACAAGUAUUUAAAUGUUUGAUAUCGAAUGAUCUCAUUCAAUCCAUGCUCAACUCCGAUAUCUAUAUGCAUAUCCUUACAACACUUGCAUUUCAAGAUACCAAGACAGCUCAAAAAGCAUCCGAAUUAUUAUACAAGACUGCAUUUACCGAGCCUGGACAAGAGGUCAUUUUCAAUUCAACUACAUGUGCCAUCUUUAAACAGCUACUCAGAGUAAAUGAGACUGUCAAGUUUCGUAUUUACGACUUGCUGAUUAGGAUAUCCUCCAUUUCAGAUCAUGCAUUUGAGCUCUGUGAAGCCACAGGAUUAUUGCAUGAAUUCUUGAGUGAGCUAAAAUCGGAUGAUUUACUGGUAAAAAUCAAUGCGAUCGAGUUAUUGAAUGAAGUCGCAGCAACAUCCGCAGGCCUUAGUUUCCUUGAGAAAGCUAAUCUGGUGGAUGGUAUGGCUGCUAUAUUGGAUAAUGAGGAUGAAGCUGAUGUAGCCGUUGUCUUGGUGAAGUGCUCGAUUAUCAAAUUCGUUGGUAAUUUGGGGGAAAACACACAGGUACCCUUUAAGCAACUAUCAGAGCAGUAUGAUAUCUUGGAUAGGAUGGAGAGAAUUAUGGAUACAGAUAAUGAUGAAAUAUUGAUUGUCACCAUCUCGAGUAUUGGACUUAUUGGGUCACAUCUAGCAGGACUUGACCUGCUGUUAUCUAAAAAUCCUACAAUGAUAUCAAAGCUCUUCAACCAUUACCACUCCUCUAUUGGUCCAGUGAAGGCUGUCAUCCUUCAGACAUUAUCCAAGUUGAUUGGCGUAAGUGAUAGGGAUGAACCUAUGAACGAAAGUGAUAAAUUGACACUCAUGGUAUUCAAACAAUAUCAUGGGUUUCCUACAAGAUUGAUAGCAGAGGCUAAGCAACCAGAUGACGAUAUUCGAACUGCUUGUUUUGCAUUAAUGCAAUCUAUUGCAUUUCAUGAAUGGGGUCUUGAGUACAUGUCACAAUCCAAUGAAUUUAUGCAAUACAUACUAGAUCGAACGACAGAGCGCAUGCAGCAGGGACAGUUAUGGAAAUUUACAGUCAUACAAACAUUGACAAAUCAUCCUACAGCAAAAGAGUUACUAGGAAACGAGUAUUACCCGCAAUGCCAAAUGUAUAUUCGUCAAGGACCUUAUUACAAGCCUUUAGAAGCAACUGUUGCAUUCGAAAGUUCUUAA